AUGGCCUUCAAGGUGCCCAAGAUUCCUGUCUGUGGAGCGAUCGCUUGUUGUGGGGUGGCCCUGAUAUUUCAGCUUGUGGCUGUAGCGGGAACCGGCUGGUUCGUCGGCAAUGGUAUAGAAGAGGGUCUAUUCCGUUUUUGCAUCUUUGGCAGCUGUGGGAGGCUUUCCGAGGGUCCAGACUGGUUAAAGGCAUGUCGGGCGUUCUCCAUCCUGGGACUAUUGACCAUCGCCGGAAGUCUGGUUCUUGGAAUUCCACAUGCUGUCCUGGAUAACAGUGUCUUGUCUUUCGGUUGCAUUGCUUCGUCCGCUGCCACAGCCUUAUUCCUGGUAGUGGAACUUGCUGUGUUUGGUGCUAAGACAGUCGACGCUGCUAAGCAUCUCAACUAUGGGUAUGGCUUCAUCCUCUCUGUUAUCGCUUGUGUCCUCAGCGUCAUCGCCGCAGGGCUGUUUGCAUUUGGACUACGCAAGUGA